AUGAGCAGCCCCCAGCCCUCGCCAGCAGCUGCAGUGGCCGCAGGAGCAGGUGUGGGCAGCAGCCCACUGCUUGUCCCCUGCUCGUGGCAGCAGCUCCAGCCCCAAGCCUCGGCUCCCCUCUCUGCCGACGCCAGCCCACCCAGAGCCGAGGCGGCUGGCUCUGGCGCGGCCGCCCAGCACGACCCUGCAGCCGCCGCAGCCGCCACCGCUCUGUCGCACCUCGCUGUCAUGGUCCCCGCGCUGCCGGCAGCAGAGCGCCAGCAGGGCCAGGCGGGCGCAGAGGCUGCCAUGCAUGACUGCUACCAACAGGGGGCCUCUCUCCUACAGCUGGAGAGCGGCUGCAGCCAGCUUGCCUCUUCGCCAGCGUCGGCGGCAGCUGCGGCUGCCGCGCCGCCUGCUACCACUGCCAUGCCUGCGGCCAGCCCUCGCGCGACUCCGGCGGAGCCGCAGCGCGGAUCCGCAGGGCAGCAGCAGCAGCAGGAGCAUACCCAGGCAGUGACCUGGCAGCCGCCGCUGCCCAGCUUAGAGAACAGCCUGCUGUGCACCGAGAGCAGCCUGAGCCUGGAGCGCGCGUUUGCCCUAGCCAGCUCUGGGCAUGCCGCCGCCGAUCGGCCGGCGCAAAUGGUGCCCGCCGCGGCCAUCGGCGGCAGCAACCCGCGCAGCAGCGGCGGCCUCCUGGGCAGCGGCACCUCGGGUGGCGACGAGCGGGAUGGAGGGCUGUGUCAGCAGCCGCUGCCGCCGCCGCCGCCCCAGCCUGCGGCUGACUUCUUUGCGGCUGCCUACGUCGCUGCGGCCGUCGCGGCUGCCAGCUGCCUGCCCUCUCACCCAGGCCCGGCAUCUUCCUCACGCGGUGCCGUCCCUGCAGCCUGGGCAGCGCCGCCACGCAUGCUGGCUGUAUCCGUCAACACAAUGGACGGGAAGGAGGCCGGCAGCAGGCAGCAGACGUGGGAGCCGCUGUCGGCAGCCGCAGCACCGCCACCAGCGCCUCAGCAGAUGCGCGCCACGCCCCCAUCGCCGCAGCAGGCGGGCUCGCCGCUGUCCACCCCGAGCAGGGGAACCGUCGCCGCAGGCGCUCCCGCCGCCGCAGGCCUGCCACUCAGCUUUGGUAGCCCUGCCGGGAUGCUGGGUGGCCUGGGCAGCCCGCUGAGCAGCCUGAGGAGCCCGACGCUGGGCGGCCUUGGCAGCCCCCUGGCAUGCAUUGGCAGCCCGUUGGCCGCCCCGCCAGUCGGGGGCAGGGGAGGUGGCGCCAAGCAGCGCGGCGGCGCAUCACUCUGCGACCUGGUGAGGCUGGAUGCUGGCCGAGCACCUGCCGGCAGCCCCGGCCCUGAGCAGCUGCACCUUCGUGCUGCCACCGCAUUCCGCCGCUUGCCGUGCUUUCUCCCUGCCGCCGCCAAUCUGAGCGUAUCUGCCACGUGCUUCAUGUACUGCCCUGUGCUGCAGGACACCAUGUACAGCCGCCUGCUGUCUCAGGACCUCGACCCUUACCAGGACGGAUCAGCCAGGGCGCCAACAGGAGUGCCAACAGCCGCUGGCGCCGGCGCAUCCACUGCCACCUGCACCGCAACAGCGCUGCCGCCGCAGCCGCCCCCGCUGCCACUGGCUCUAGCUGGCCAGAGCGCUCUGGCGCCGGUGGUGCCUCUUCCGCACCUGACCAUGCUGGCGACGCCUCGCAUUACCACAGCGGCUGCGCCCGGGGAGCACCAAUCGCCUGCUGCCGGCGGCGCGUCGCCGCUGCCUCGGGUGGCGGCGCCAGCCACGGCCCAGCUGCUGCCAGCCGUGCCCACACCUGCCGUGGCGGCCUCGCCGCUCGCAGCGGCAGCCCAGGCAGUGGCUUGGCCGCAGUUCUUGCUGCCGCAGGUCGCCCUGCUGCAUCCCAACGGCCAGCUGUUCAUCCCAAACCUGCAGCCAUUCACUUUCCUGCUGCCACAGCAGCCACAAGCGCCGCACCAGCAGCUGUCCCCGCCCCCCGCGCCGCCGCUACUCACCCCUCAGCGGCAGCAGCAGCAGGAAGGGCAACUGGAGCGCCGGCCCGACCAGGAGAGGGAGCAGCACCAGGCUGCCGAGAAGGAGGCAGCGGUGGCGGCAGAGGAGGCGGAGGUGGAGCGGCCUGCAAAGCAAGGAAGGGUGCUGCGGCCAUCAAAGGAUCAGCAGGCCAGUGCUGCAACGCAGACAAAACCAGAGAAUACGCCCCUGCCCUCCCUCAAGCGCAAGAAGCAGCAGAAGCAGCAGGGCAAGCCGCCGCUGCCUCCCAAGAGGCAGUGGCCGGCGUCCGCCAAGCCGACCACUGCCGCUGCCGCACCUGCGGCUGCUGCGGCUGCUGAUGGCUCAGGGUCUGGCGCCAGCAGCAGUCGCACCGCCGCUUGGAGCGCAGGCGGCAGCCGAAGCACUUCCCCCUCAAUGCGCAAGCGCCCCCGCAAGCCCGCCAACCGUGGCGCCGCCACGCCGCUGCUGCCUGCGGCAGCCGCCACCGCAGCCUCCACACCGCCUGCCCCAGCAGCCGCGGCCUCAGCAGCAGCAGCAGCGCCGCCGCCGCCGCCGCCGCCUGCCGCCGACCCUGCGGUGCCUGCAGGGGCCGGUGCCGGCGUGGGCGAGGGCCCUCUCAGCAGAGUGCAGCUGCUUUCCAACGGCACAGCACAGGAGGCUGCCGAGCCGGCUUAUGUGACCUUCCAGCUGCCCACCACGAGUUACGGAGGCGUGCUGGGCACCUGCCCCGUGCGCUGCCGCUUCCUGUUCCAAAAGCCGCUCAGCGCCAGCGACGCGGGCAAGCUGGGGCGCAUGGUGGUGCCGCGCUGCGCGGCGGCGCACCUGCCCGAGUGCGGCAAGGGCGGAGCGGUUGUGGAUGUGCAGGACAAACUGGGCCGCCAGUACAGCUGGCGGCUCAAGGCCUGGGAGAGCGGCGAGGGGCCCAAGCGCACAUACCUCUUCGAGCAGUGUCGCCCCUUUCAGCAGGCAUGGCAGGUGCAGCCCCGCACCACGCUCGCCUUCUACCAGAUGCCCAGCGGCGCGCUGCUUAGAUUGAAUGACGCCGAGUUACAUGAAUGUAGUAAUGCGAUCAACAGGAGGGGUCUGGCAGGGUCAUACGGGUGUGCCAGCAACUCCGCGUCGCGUGCCACCAGCGCCAUGCCACCUCCGCGCCCCCUGGUCACCCCAGCGACUCCACAAAGUUCCUGA